AUGGACAAGUGCGGCAAUGCCGCCUGCACAACGUCGUCGGCCUCAGACUCCAACUCCCUCCGGCUAUGCUCCAGAUGCCGCCGGACAGCGUACUGCUCGCCUGAGUGCCAGUCCGCGGCCUGGUCGUCCCACAAGGGGGUCUGCGUCCGGCCCAACUACAUCAUCAAGUUCCACCUGGCCCCGGAGCGCAUUACGAACCCACCCGUGACGCGCACCUUGUCGUGCCCCGCGCACACCGUCUUCUACGUGCUUCACCUGGCACUGCAAACAGCGUUUGGUUGGGCCACCACGCAUUCGUUCGACUUCGCAGUCGUGGACCCAGAUUACCGCGAGCCCGAUGACAUCAUGGAGGUCAUCACCAGACGCAACGCUAUGGGUCCGACGGGUGAUCAACUUCCUCCGGCUUCCGCGCCGAGGCAGUAUCUCUUUCGCGUUGUCGACCCGGCUAAGCAGACCAUGUUCUCGGGCAUCGAUCGCAUGCACGAGCCGAUGAGGCGUCACCCCAACACACCAGAGAGGAAAGCUGACAAGUACAAGCUGUUCGAGUUAUUUGACGAUGUACGGUUCCAAAGUCGCCAGAUUGUUUAUACCUACGACUUUGGUGAUAACUGGGAACACCAUCUAACAAUAUUGGGACGUGCCGAUCCCACCCCCGACGUCAUCUGCCUGGAUGGGUCUGGCCACUACGUAGCAGAAGACUCAGGCGGUGCAAGGGGAUGGGAGGAUGUCAAAGCGGCCUACCGAAACCAAAGCCCAACUAAGGAGCAGAGGGAGCGUCGGCAGUGGUUCGAGAGACAAGCCAGCAAUCCUGACCCGAGAGGACUGGCGGGGGAUCGUGUGAAUGCAUGGGACCGAGCCAAUAUCAACCGGGACCUUAGGAUGGACAAGAUGUUUGAACGCUUCCGGAUGAUGGGAGACGCUUCUGCAGCCUACCAAGAUGGUGCUUCUGCAGCUUUUCGAUCUGGAGGAUAG